GUCGUUUUCACGACCUUGUAUCGUCCUUGUCGUUGGUGUUUUGUGUUUGUGUUCGGUCAGAAUCAAAACGCUGAAUCCUGGAAAACCGGAGCGUCACGACGCAAACAGCUGACGACCUCUUUCAGACCCAGAAAACAGGAAUUUUGAAAAAUAUUAAAUGACAUCAGGUGAAGACAAUUGUAAUUUAAAUUCGCUGCUAUCCAUGUCUUGUCGUCAGCGAGCUGAAGCUUUUGCGAACCGACUUCAUUCUCGAUUAACGUCUUUGGAUUCUAAAGAAAAAAAUAUAAAGUUAAACGAAAACAGUUGGCUUUCAACUUCUAACGAUACUUUAACUGUAUCACAACCUAAACCCAGUUGUGAUUAUACUUUUACUACAGAUUUUUAUUUAAAUUUUGUUACAUCAGAGAGCCCUGGUGAAGAGCUAGAUGAUACUGAACAUUUAAACUCCAUCAUUAAUGCAGCGUCUCAAAACAAAGAUGGUCUACCACAACAUGUAAUAACUUCUCACUAUGAUAGUGAUUCGAGUGAUGGUCCUUUUUAUGACUGUCAAAGUGAUUUUAGUUUGUUUGCUGAGGAUAUAUGUAAUGGUAGUGCAACAUGUGUUAAUAAUGUAUGCAAUGAACCUACAGCAAACACUGACGGUGAAAUUAUUAGUGGAAAAAGUCCAAAAUAUAAUAUUUUUAACCAAGAAGACAUGCAUAUUGCUGACGGUGUAUUUCAAGAGAAGAAUGAAAAUUGUGAUGAUACAAGUAUUUACGAUUCUAAACUAGAGUUAAACAAGGACAGGUCGCAAUCCUCCAAUAUUGAAAAGGAGGCCAUUUUUCAAACGGAGAACUUAUUUGCAUCUGUUUCUAAUGACCACAAUGAAAUCGAGGAAAAAAUCCCAAGGGUAAGACGGUGUUCGUCCUUAAAAACGGGUAAGACGCCUCCGGAAACACCUGGUAGAAAAAAAAUUGUCCGAUUCGCGGAUGUCUUAGGAUUGGAUUUGGCAGAUGUAAGAACUUUUCUAGAUGAAAUUCCAAAAAUUCCCAAUUCAGCUUUUAAUGAUUUAAUGGAUGUAGAUGUUAAAACGUCUUCGUCAUCUUUAAGUUCAACUUCUUCACAAAAACAAUACAGCACGCAAUUGGAAAAGGUAUUGGUCCCAUUAUUUUCACAACCAGGAGGCCAACCUGAUUUUAUGGAUCGUAUACGUGACAAUCAAAUUUGUUUAGAUAAUGUAAUAGUUGAGGAUUCUGCAAUACCCACUUUUAAAGGACUCGUGAGAGUAAAGAAUUUAGAUUUUCAUAAAACUGUACAUGUUAGAUAUACUGUAGAUUCUUGGAAAAGCUUUGCUGAUGUACAGGCAAUUUACGUGGAAAAUUCUUGUGAUGGAUUUUCUGAUAAAUUUUGUUUUACAAUUUAUGGAAAUAACUUAGCCCUGGGAGACAAACUAGAAUUUGCUAUACGAUUUCAGUGCAAAGGUUGCCAGUUUUGGGACAAUAAUAAUGGAAAAAAUUAUUCACUACAGUGUUUACCGACCACUACCAGCACUAAUGCAGCACCUGACAGCAAAUGGACCUCUUAUUUUUACUAACACUUUAUUGGAAGAGUUUUGAUAACUUUAGCCCUAGAGGAGAAAGACUAGAAAUUUGAGUGAAAAUUUUUGCCACUAAAACAAGUGUCUUAAACAAGCAUAGUCUUUUUGACACUGAAAUGAAUGAUGCAACAUAAUCAGUUCAAUUUUAAAUCAGAGAGAUACUUAUAAUAAAUUAUACUGCAAUAAAUAUUGUACGUCUA